AUUAUAUAAUAACAGACAUUCAGCCCACACAGAUCAAGCCUACACUCACAUAUAUGAAUGAAGAAGGCCAAGUUCAACAAAUGGAGGAUAUUGAGUGCGAUAUUCCAGCAUUGGAUGGCUUUAUUACGCAAUCAGAAAUACAUCAAAAGCUGAUACUUCAGAUAACUGAUGGAAUGAUGAUGCAACUACAGAGAAUAUUUAAAGACUCCCUCAAAAUGCAUUCGAAAUAUGGCAAACAAGAUAAGAGGGAGGGCUCCCUAAACGACUACCUUAGGAUGGAAACAAGUAAAAAUUAUUUGAAGGAAAUUAGAGAUUUAUUGACUCUCUCCAAAUCAAAUUUGCUAGAACAGCUUAUGGAAAAUAUUAAGCUGGACACAUUUUUUAUCAUGGAUGAUAAAUCUUGCAACACUAAUAACAAUUUAGUGACUACCUGUCAACCAGAACACAUGUUCUUUUUUAUGUUGAUUUACUUCUACAACUUGGGAAAACAAUUGGAAGAUAAAAUUGGAAAUAAAUGGAGGGACAAGAGUAUCUGGUACGGGGUGUGUAUCGAUAAGAACUUAUUGGACACUAUGUUUGGUUCAACAAAAAAAUUGGAAAAAUUGUUUUUUGCAAGUGGUAUACUCCGAAAAGACAACAAUUUUAUCAAAGCAAAAUUUUGUAUUCGAGGUGAAGAAAUUUUACCUGCUAUUCAACAAAAGUUUGAAGAUUUAAACUUCAAGAUGAAAUCAUACUUUGUUGUGGCACAAAUAUUCGAAAAACAUGUACAACUUACUAUGCACCAAAUUGUGAAACUUGAAUCGUCUGGAAGUGAUUCGGCUUCUAUCGUCAUUCAAGAUAAAAUAAUAUAUAUUAAUGACGUAUAUGAUACUCUUGUCAAGAAGAUUUGGAUGCGUAUGCAACGCAACUAUCAAAUUGAUUUUUGUACCACACAUAUGCAAAAUAAGAAUACAAAAAACGAUUUUGGAUCAAUCCAAAAAUGUGGUUAUAUGCGUCAAAACCUAAAGUCAUGUGUAGUAAAACUUUUGAAGAGGAAUAGAGACAAAUUGGACAUGAAUUCAACUAUAAAGCUUAACAUCGACGACAAAUGUGAUUGUAAUAUUGAUAUUUUUCUCUGUAAUGUAAUUGAAGUAGGGCUAAAGUCAGUUAUGGAAGAAAUUGCAGCAGUCAUAGCGGCUUCUCUGUCAAACAAAGAGAUUUUUGGAAAUUACGAAACAGAUUAUCUUUUUAUGUCGGGUGAUCCAUUUAACCUGUCCUAUGGAUCUUUGAUCUAUAACGCAUACACUAUGGUAGCUCAACAAGCAAUUGAUGACAGUAUUAAAUUAAAUCAAAGAGAUACCCAAGGAUUUAUACUAAGAGAGUCGUUCCGCAAGUUACUGAAACCAAAUACACACAAUAAGCCAUACAUGUAUGAUAGGUUUAUCACUGGGACUUUGUGUCAAGUAUCGAGUAAAACACAUGCGGUGCGGUUUUCAUCCCUUUAUGGAGCAAUUAAAGUCGAAGAAAUCCCAAGAGACCAGCCGUUAGCAGAGAUUAUCAGUGUAGAAAACUCCAAGGGGGUUCAGUCAGAGAAGUAUAAUCUUUUAGAUAAACACACUACAGGUGUAAGACAUGAAAUACACACCGGCCGCCAAAAACGUUCGACACAUAAAUUUAAAGUGGAAUACAGGCGUUUGCAAUAUAAUUGCUCUUACGAAUUAUCGGCCAGAGUGAUGGGUUAUGAUGUUGACUAUAAUGAGACAUUAUAUGAGGAGUUUGUUAAUAUGAUAGAACCGCUGACACUUAAAUAUAUUUAAUCUGAUUGAAUGUGGACAAAGAAUAAAUAAUGUCUACUGACAAGCAACUACAUGCUUUUAUUCCCGUUGCUGUCAUUAUGACUUUCGCAAAAUCGGCCAAAAAUCCCCAGUGCCGUAAUCGAGUCG